AUGCCAAAUCUAUUCUACUCAGUACUGGUUUUGGUAAACGUAUGCAUCUGUUGGAACAGUUACGCUCCUGCCGAUCCACCUCACGGAGUUCUCAACAUUUUCGGUGACGUAGCAGGAGCAACAGGACAUGGCUGUCCACAUUCUUCAGCUACCGGCUGUUUGAGAAUUAAAGAACUACAGCUAUGCCAACAACAUGCUUCACGCGUCGCGGAAAAGACUCGAAUGAAAAAUCCGAACCAGCCUGAUGGUCUUUAUCGUUUUCACGUCCAAAACCUCGAAUUUCACCACGACCCGAUACAUCAAACUUUACGCGCCCGUUUUCCCGAUGCCUCGGUUGCCAUACACAACGUGCUAUUGUUAUUCAUGGAGGAAGGACAAGAAUGGACCGUGUUUGGCACCAAUUCUGAUAAGGAUAUCACCUUGAAAUCAGAGAAAAUUUUCACGCUUAUUGUGUGUGCUCACUGUAUAUCAGAGCCAACUUCGCUCUCUGAAAUCGUAUUUCUCGUAUUCGCCAGGGAAACUUCGACUUCCACCUCGGUAACUCGACUUCUCAAUCCAUUGGAUCAUACCGCAAGCUUUACCGCGACGAAUGACAAGAUGGUUCCUCACAAUCCACUGCCCUCCAGUGCUGACUUUCAUCUUACAACUAGCGUUUUUGCCUUAUGGUUGGUAGCUCAUCUCCACAUGCUUAUGGCCCCGUUGCCUGUUAUUAUGGGCGGAUUUCCACCCUUUUCGGAAAUCAGUGAAGGGACUGCUUUGCUCACUUUGAAGCCGAUGUACGUCACUUCGACCUCUCUUCACCCGUUAUUCGACUACUGUAACGUGACACCGACUGCGUUGAACAUCUCCAAUCUGUCAGCGUUUCACCACCGAAACUGCGAUGCCGGCUUCUUUUCACCGAUCACUGAGAUUUUCCGUAGACUCCUCCCCAACAACAUUCGAUUUUCCCGAUGCUACCUCCGUGCACUGUGGGGCCAAUCACCCUUCAAUCAGCUUGACGGGAACGCUUAUCAACUGACACUGCGACGGUUCGGUAGGACACCAUCUUCUCAAUUGCGGGGGUUUACUGGAACUGAUGUUCAGACCUUCGUACCCCGUGAAUACCGUCUCAUUGGGACUCCGUUCAUGAAUACGUCCCGCGAGUCUCCUUCUCCACAAUCUCAAGCUGUGUCUAUCAGAACAUCUUUGGUCCCUGUCUUUUCCCACGACGCACACACCCUACCAUCUGAGCCCAAUACUUCGUCGAUCCCUGAGGACCUGACCGAAUCCAAAGCUCACUCCUUUAAGGCUGAUCUACUUUUUCGUAUCUUAAGGUCAGCACACGGAUCAUCCAAUGAGCAGUCUGCAUUUCCAUCUAAUCAUGCGCUGCCUGAAGACAUUAAUUCUUCAAUGAUGACUGUUUUAUCGUCUGAAGUUCGCUGGUUUGGGACAUUCAAACCUCACUCAGACCUAGUUGUGGAAUCUGUCCCACACAUUACAGCUCAACUGGUACCUCCAUUUUUAAGAACUCUGCACUUCGAAUUCACGGAUCGGCUUGUUAAUUCCUUUUGUGCUCAGUUGCGAAACAUCCCUGCGUAUUACUCAAAUCGAAUGAACUCACAUUCGUUCCACGAGACUGGCACGAAUAAUCUGAUCGAUGCCUUAUCCAACUUCUCCGUACAUCAUUUGCUCACUCUUUCCAAUACGGGCAACGUUCCUGUCUUCGUUACACUUUUGACUUUGGGACCGGACAGUGACGCAUCUUUUAACCCUGCGGUAGCAAUCUCAAGCAAUUCCGAUCAAGACGCUUUGACGUGCGUUUACUCAAGCUUUCGGCUCUUGCCAUGCGUGGUUUAUGUGCCCGGAAACAAAUCCCAAGAUCGAACAGAUUCCCGCUCAUCCUUUAUGAUUUUGAAACCUGGUGAGAGGGUCCCGCUGGAGCUGCAGUAUCAGCCCGAUUUCGCACGUUCACAUUCUACCGCCUCUCUUUGGUUCACUGCAUUCCCGUAUCCGCAAAUGCGAGAAGGCGCACACGAAGAGACAUUGCUACGCAUAUGCGACAACUUCGCCACCUGUGAUGCCGCCCGGGUGUCUCGACUUUCGGUUUUUCGAUUUAGCGCCAAUUUCCCCACGGACGUGCUUCGGAACUGUUCGAAGAUUUCACCACAAUUUUGGAUUGAGCAACUCAUUUGGACCCCUUCCCUUCUCCUUUUCGCAAUGAGUUUGCUCGUCACCAUCUUCAUGGGUUCAAUGGAUGCACGUCGUAUUCAUACUGCACAUGUGAAAAUCUGUAACCGUAUGGAUCGUUUGUCAAUGAACCUCCCCACUGAUACGCCUGGCGAGGCCGAUUCCUCCCAUUCGUCCUCUGGGGCUUCUUCCAAACGACUAGCUUGUGAUGUCAAGCUCAGCAGGACGGCGUGGUCACAACGCGCUGCACUUCCUGCGAACGCUUCUUCCAUGGUGAUCACCAGACGCCGUCACCAGCAUCCUCUAACUUUCCUAUUCUCCGUAUGCGUCUCUGUGCUCCGAUUGAUGCUUACCACCUUGAAAUGGGCGUAUGUUCACUUGCCCCUUCUUCGAACGCAUCAGCAACCACAGCGCACUGGACCUAUGUUGUCUCAGCAACAUUUUCCAACUGUGUCGUCUUUCUGCGUACUAAAGCGAUCGAAAGAGUUGCUCCGUUAUUUUAUCGACCGUUUUGCAUCCUCUUCCGAGGAGAGCUUCACACAUCCGGCAGUCGAGGGGAUGAAAGAUGAUCGUGCUCACAACGAAGUUCGCUCACCUUCACAUCCAAAUGCGUGCUGCCCCAGUGGCCUGAAGUCUCACCGCAACCCACGGCGGUUCCAUUCCUCGAACUCCUCAGCCAGCUCUGGAUCACAUUUCCCAGAUGCUUCUACCGUUAUUCGACGGCGAAGAGGAUAUCUGAAAUCCGACCCGUCUAUAACAAUUCAAUCCACCUCCGAGCUAAAAAUUUAUGGUGACACAACAACAUCGAACUGUUCUCCACUUCUAAAAGACUUUCCCUCAUCACUACCGAAAGCUGCGGAUACUGGUGGAGAGCCUGUUGUUGCUCGAAUGACUGAGGCCAAAAUAGCCGCUGCCGUCAGGGCAACUAUGCGUCUGGCUGAGGAGUCAGGUCAUCAAGGACGACGCAAGACCAACGCACACAAGCAAACUGCGGCGAAAAAGUAUGUUUAUUUUGCCUGCAACUCUCCGUCAAUUGAUCCACUCCUUACCAGCUCCAGGAAGCGGGAUGGGAAUGGACGCAGCACCGACAGCGAAUCUUCGAAUCCGAUGACCGAUACGGCCCUCAGUGAAGCAUUGAACAUUAUUCCAGGUUCUAGUCUUGACGAUAUAUCCGUCUGUUCCGCCCCAAAGGAAUGUUCUUCAUCUCAUCCACAAUAUAAGAAGACCUCACUGCAACCGAAUUGGAGCGUUUGCUGGCCAUCUACCUCUGUUGGUGCUACGCACAAUUCGUCCAAACUGUACUCGUCAAUGUCGAAGUUUUCCGCUAUAUCAUCGAAUGAUUCUAUCAUUCGCGCAUCCAGCCCAUGGGAACAAAACCCGACCAUCCCAUUGGGUUCCAUCCUUGCCCACUUGGUUGAUAUACCUGGCCGCGGUCCAGAUAGAUCCGUUACAGAUUCACCAGCCUUUUCUGAAUCCGUGUUUGAGUCUUCUCCGAUUCCGCCAAAUGCAGUUGAUUGCCAAGGAACGCAUAUCUCAUCUUGUUGGCCUCGCAACUGGUAUGAUCCCACUCUCAGUUACUACAGUACAUCACAAGAACACCCAGUUGAAUCGGAUUGGGAGACCACCAGAGUCCCACAUGAUAUCACCGAAGUUGGUUUCCCCCACACCUGCGCGAGCGAAGUGCCCUGCCUUGGUUCAUCAGUAGUUACAAGUACUGCCUUGGAUACGGUUACAUUCGCCCCUUCAGGACUCUUAGGGUGCUCAGAAUUCGUUUCUAAUCCGCUUUUGAAAGAUCCAAUCUCCAUAUCACCGUCGCCUCACCAGGGCAUGUACACCGAACUCGCCAUUGAAACGUCUAGACAUGGCGAGUCAUAUCACCAGGGUUGCUUGGCAUCACCAACCUCACAGGCAUUCCUCUACGAGCUGCCGCAGAUCACUCAGACUAUGCGUCUCUCCAUGUUGAUGCAUGAAACCCGAGACCAGCCAGAGCGUUCAGAACACCCACCAGCAGCCUCGGAGUCCCUCAUAACCGAGCGCCUGCACGAUCAAAUGAAACACGAUUCGAACGCUAUUGAUGCAUACACCAAAGAUCUUUCGGAUGCGUUGUACGAUCAGCCUUCUUUGGUUCGCUCGCUUCACCCCUAUUGCGUGAUCACGUCCACUUUGGAACAUGACCACGAGUCCGCUGGUAUUAGACAACACCCGGCAAACACGACGACGUUGUCAAACUUUGCGGUCACUUACAGACCCUGGGUGCCCAUCACUUCUCUUUCAAGAAAUGAGCUUUUAGACGAGCUCGGACUGAAGGAAAUUGAUUCUCUGUUCUGCAACAAAUCAAGCUAUCCAACUGAAGAUCAUAUCUCUAGGGAGCACAGUUGGCCCGAGAUUGCAUCAGACACGGUGAACUUUUAUACUGAGUUGGCGGCCAGCGAAAUUGGCAGCCAAAACAUUUUCCAUGCCAACCUAUUUUAUCCAUGUUUAUCGAACUUUUGAGCACUCAAAGAGAUUUUUUGCAGUUUCUUCUUCCUUCCACUUUUGAAACUAUGAUGUUGACACCCCGAGCCAACUGUUAACGUGAGCCAAUUUCACCCGCUUUAUGACGCCCUCACCAUCCUAUCGCAGUUGGGAAUCAGAUAUCUCUAUACACCAG